AUUGCGAGUGAUAAUAAAUUAAUAGACCAUCGAUUGGCUAGUCAAUCGUGAAUUAACUUGUAUUUUAUGCGAGUUCGACAUUUCGAAACAUUACAUUUUUAUCCAGUUUUAACUUAAUUCAAACGGUGUAUUAUUUCUUAUUCAACACUUUAAGCUAUUAAUUGUUUUACAUUUUUACAAUGGCAAUAACACAGGAGCAUAAUGAUCCUGAGUUAAUGGCAGUCGCCAAUGUAUUCGUUGAUGACAUAAUAGAAACGGCCAAAAUUGAAGCAGCCCAACGUACAAUGGUAAAACCAUGUUAAAACAUACUCAUAUAUUGUAUUAUAUUACAGUAAUUCAUUUUAUAUAAAUGUUUGCUAACUUUUAAUUUAAAACCAUAGAUAGUAUUAUGAUACACCCAAAUAUAGUAAAUCUACAAUAUUUAAUAGGUAUUUAACUAUUUUGUUUUAGAUAUUUGCAUACGAUAAAAUUAUCAAUGUAUUAUUCAAUAUAUUUAUAAAUUAAACAAUUUAUUUUAAUUUUUUGAAAAAAUUUUCUCUUAAAAAUUUAUGUACAAAGAAUAAUUGUUGUGAAUCUGUUAAUCUUAACGAUUUGUUUUAUUUACUUUAUUCCACACAAGCAAAAUUAUAAAAUCAACUAAUUUAUUUACUAUUCCACACGCUUCUCAUCCUACUGCUAUUUUAUAUUUAUUCAAUACAUCUUUAUUACUUUCUUAAUUAUCUACUUCUACAGUUCUACCCUUUCAUUCUGUAAAAGAUACUAGAUCUAUAAAGUAUAUUUUAUCAUCUUUACAUUUCUAUACCAUUAAAUUUGUUGUGAGUUUUAUAUAUUCUUUUUUUAUUCAUAACUGUCCAUAAAAUAUUUUUUAAAAUUGUGGUGUAUACUUUUACCAACGCAUUAAACCCUUUGCUCAAUUUCUCUUUUAUCCACUAGUCCUUAUAACUAUCUAUUGUCUCAGACAAUAUAUAAGCACAUUAACAUCUGUGUAAUAUCAUCAUUAAAAACUGGACAUACAUAGUUCGCACGAUGGGUGGGACACUGUUAUAGGUGAGAAGUUGGAAAGGUGGAGAGGAAAUUCAAUGGAUAUCUGUACGCAAAGAUUAAUCAUUGCUAACCAAAAAACGAUUCUGAGCGGAUUUUGGUUAUACAUGUUUUGAAACACCAUGGUAUUUAAGAAUUGAAAACAAUGCAUUUCAUAACUUUUUCAAUUUUUCUCAUUUGCUAAGAAAACCCUUAAGAAAAUCAAAAAAAUGACCUCACAUAAGAACCCCCCCCCCCUUAAAUUUUCUUUAAAAAAGGUGCUACACAAGUGAGCAACAUUUCUGAUAGAAAGUUGUUCAUGGAAAAUUAAAAUAAAUAAACAUCAUUAAAAAACCAAUACAUUCCUUACCCCACUCAGAACUUUAAAUCUCAAUUAACUCCCUUCAAACCUGUUAUAGGUAAUCAUAUUUAAAUAAAUAUUAAAUCAUGCAUUUAAUUAUUUAAAAUUUAUAUUAUUUUCAGACCAAGUGCAAUGGAGGAUCACAUUUAUGUAUGAUUAUUUAAAUAUUUAAUUCUUAUAAUUAUUAAACAAAAUUUCACUAUUUUAGUUUAUUAUUUUAUAGUUGAAUCGAACAUAAAAAAAAUUAAUGAAUGGCAGAAUCGAGCUAAGGGUAUGCUGAGACGUUUUAUGACAACAAUUUGUGUAAGAUUUCAAGAUUUGGCCAAUAAGUAGUUCAAUUAUAUAUGUGGAAAUAAAUACUUAAUUGAUGACACAUCCUUAACAAUAUCCUUAGUUUAGUUAAACUCAUGAAGUUUCCAUAAAGUUACCUACAACAUUAAAUACACUAUAUACAACAUUUAUUUACAAUAAAAGUAAAUUUAUUUAAAUUUAAGUGCCAUCCAAAAGUAUUUUAGCAAUAAAAUAAAAAUAAGAAUACAUACACUACACAUAUAAUAUGUAUCAUUAUCAUUAUUGUUUUAAACCUAUUAUUUAAGUAUAUACUACUGGUGCAAUAUAUCAUAUAAUUAAUAUUAAUUUUAAUACUUAAAUUAUAAUAUUUAUUAAAAAACGCACAUUAAUACACACAAAUAUAAUUAUUUAAAAAAAAAUCUAGAAUGGAAAAUGAAAACAAUAUUUAUUCAUCUCAAAAAAAUGUAUUACUGUAGUUAGAUAGAAGUGUAAUUUAUUUUUUUUUUCUUAAGUUUAAAUUAGUAAUCUUAUUUUAGUAUAAAUUUAUAAGUUUUAGUAAAAGUAUGAAUGUUGGUAAUGCUCUUAAGAUUUGUAUAAUUUUGUAAUUUAUUGAUUGUCUAUGAUUAUUAUAAAUAUUUUUUUUUCUUAAUACAAAAUAAUUAUAACUAACUUUUUGGGAAGAUGGGGUAAAUGUUUUAAAUCAUAUUUUGUUAUCCUUUUUUCGUGAAAGUUGAAUACUUGUAUGAGAUAUAUAUAUGUGUUGUGCCAUUUUUAGUUUGUUUUAUUAAAUCAAUAAUUAAUCCAUGCAUAUACUACAAAAAAUAUUUUAAGGUAAUAGUUCCUGUUUUAAAUUUGAAAAUUUGUUAACACUUACUGAUGAUCAAACAUUUUAUUAAUUCUAACAUUUAAUUUUUCCAACGAUUUUUCAUUAUGUUAGUUAAAUAUUUUUUUGCAAAUUACUACUUUGGUAUAUUAAGUUACAUAAAAUACAAACCAUUAACAAACGUAAUGUAAUUUUAGAUAUUAGUCUACUAAAUAUUAUUUUUAAAUUAUUACAAUAAACAGUGAAUAAUACUUAAUGAAUUAAUAUGUAUGUAUUUAAUUUAAUUACAAAAUAUUUUUCUAAUUAAUGCUUUAUCAUUUGCGUAUCAUACAUUUUUAAUUUCGAAUACUAAAACAUAAACAACAAAAUUCAUUCAUAAUGUAAUCAGCCUAAUACUUUUAAGUAGUGCGUAUUGGCAAAAUUCAAAAUUAAAAUAUUGUGUAAGAAAGAUUAAACCAAUUAUUCAUACUUUUGUCAUAAUAUAUAUCUAAGGCUUGGUGCACAGAACAAUAAUAAAAAAAUAUAUUUCCAAAAAUCUAACAUAAAGCCCAUAAUUAUUGAAAAACUUUUUUUUUUUUUUUGACAUUUGCCUUAAUUACACCAAGCCACUUAAUAUAUAUAUAUAUAUUAAAAUAUAACGUUACAGGGCCAUUUCAAUAUUGUGAUUAAAAUAUUGUACUUACUAAUAAACUGGCUGCAUAUUAUUUAACUUAAAUGUUAAAAGUUUAUACAAUUUGCAGUUAUAUUUUCCUUUUUUUAAUAUUCAAUAAAAGUAAAGCGUUUGUGUCUGAUAAAUAUUUUAUUUAAACACAGUUUUCAAACUAAAUACUAAUUUCUGGUAAAUAUUAUAAUACACUAGUUAAAUAAUAAUUAUGUAUUGUAUUAUAAUUCACAUUACAUAAUUUCAUACUAUCAUAAGUUACCUUAUCCUGUAACAAUUAAGUCAAUUAUGUUUAUUUUUAUUAUUUCACUUUGACAAUCAAAAUAUGUUAUGAUUAAUAUCUUAAAAUAUAUCAUGUGUGUGUCAACAAGUAUUUUAUUAUUUAUCCUACAAUUUAAAAUGUAUAAAUAAAAUAUAUCACUAAAAUUUAAUUCAUGGAAAACCCGAUUAUUGUUUAGAAAUUAUGUUGUCAUAAAUAAUUUUAAUUUACUAACCAUUAAAUUAUGUUUAAUAAACUUAUAACUAUAUUACUAAUAUUAAGUAUAUAUUUCCAACUGUAGAACAUAUAUUUAUAUAGCUAUACAAAUAAUAAAUAUUUAUGAAAAUGUAUAAUUUGUGUUAUGAUUCAGUAAAAAAAAAAAAAAAAAUAUAUUUUUUGUAUGGAGCUUAAUUUUGAUAUACAUCAUUAGAGUAUACAACAUUCAAUUUCAACUUAUUUAAUAAUGGCAAGUUAAAUUACUAUGAAUAUUGAUUAUGUAUAUUAAUCAAUGUGUGGCUUAAACAGAUCUACAUACCGUUAAACAAUUAAAUAAUAAGUUAUUUUUCUGCGAUAGAAUAAUUUAUGCAUAAUUAACAGAAAUUAGAUAGUUAAUAUUUGUAAAAACCUAUGGAAUUUUCCAACAGCCGAUUGCAUAUUGGUAGGAUGAAACAAUAUUAGCAUAUGUGCCUAUACUUAAUUCAUGGAAAUUGUCAUAUUUAAUGCAAGAUGAACUAUAAUUUAAAUCUAAUAGAUACACUAAAAUAGCAUUCCAACUCAUAAGUAACUUACAAAAUAAAUAAUAUUCUAUUAAAACAAGCUUAAUAAUGAUUACACACAAUACUGAAUAUUUAAUAUUUUAGUUUGUAAAAGUUUAGAUUGAUACUGUUGCUAUUUGGUUUUCAAGUGUAAGCCAAAUUAUUUUAUUUUAUAAUUUAUAUAACUGCUAACUAAAUAAUGACAAUGAACAAAUAUGAUUAUACAAUAAACAUAAAUAUAUAUAAAUAAUUAAACAUUUUUUUUUUGAUAAAAUAAAAAUAUUACUUGGGUAUGGAUUUAAUAUUCAGAAAAGUAGUUCUAGAACAAGUUACUUCUCUAUAAUAAAUUCAAUUGAGUUUUUAUAUUUCUUUAACUUACAUUAUAAACAGAAUUAGUUCAGUAUUUUUCUAGAUACUGUGAGGUUUUGUAAAUGGUAUUUAUUAUUUUAAUAUGAAUGGUUAUACACAAAAUUUAAAAAAUUUAAAUUGUUUAUUUAGUUCAGCAAAUUUUUAAAAUAUAUCUACACUACAUAAAUUCAACAUCCAGAUUGUAAAUUCAUUGUAGAAAUAGUUUUUGUUAUCAUAGUAGUUGUGUUCAGGCUCUUAUAUAUGCCAACAUUAAAAGUUUCCAGUAACAAAGACAAUGCCAUUUCU